CAUGUACACAAAUGUGCCGGGCUCGGCACUGUAUCAACAGAGUGUGGCUUCACAUGGAAUCCAGCUCUGCAGAUGGGCUGACCACGGAUUCCUCUCGCACUUAUGAACCGGCUGUGCGAGGGCGGUGGGUGCCCUUGAGGGAGAGGCGGUAGUAGGAGCUGUGAGGUUGUAAGCCCGCCAGUGUCUUUGUACGUUAGCAUGUUCCCAGAGUCUCUCUGUAGCGCUGAGUUUCAGCGUGUCUCUCUGUGUGUAUGUCUCUGAGUCUCUGCCUCCUUGAGAGUGUCUCGCUCUUCUUAGCGGGGAGGGGAUUGGUCACGCAUGACUCAUCUUGAACGGAGCGGGGCUCCAGCGGCAGGGCGGUCGUCGCUGCAGCUGGAAGGGGAGGAGGACGAAGAGGAGGAGGAGGAAGAGGAGGAGGAGGAAGAGGAGGAGGAGGCAGCAGCGGCAGCCGCAAAGGCAGCUGCAGGGACCUCUCCAAGUUUGUCGGGACCUUCUUCGGAGGAGGCAGUGGCGCCGGCAGCCAGGGAGGCCGGGACUGAGUUCAGGCCGGGGGCGGGGGCUGAGGCUGGGCCCGGGGCUGCGGGGCCCGAGCCUCUGCUCUCCAGCUCUCUCAGCAGCCUCUGCCCCCAGGGCGCCCGAGGCCCCCCUCCGCGCCGCUCGCGGUGCUGUGCGCCCGCAGAGCCCUCUGCUUCCGUGCCGAUGUACUGGAAGCAUGAGAGCGCCGCCCCGGCACUGCCUGAGGGCUGCCGCUUGCCGGCGGAGGGCGGCCCCGCCACUGACCAGGUGAUGGCCCAGCCAGGGUCCGGCUGCAAAGCGACCACCCGCUGUCUUGAAGGGACCGCGCCGCCUGCCAUGGCUCAGUCAGACACCGAGGCCCUGGCAGGCGCUCUCGACAAGGACGAAGGUCGAGCCUCCCCAUGUACGCCCAGCACACCGUCUGUCUGCUCACCACCUUCUGCCGCCUCUUCCGUACCGUCUGCAGGCAAGAAUAUCUGCUCCAGUUGCGGUCUCGAGAUUCUGGACCGGUAUCUGCUCAAGGUCAACAACCUCAUCUGGCACGUGCGGUGCCUCGAGUGCUCGGUGUGUCGCACAUCGCUGAGGCAGCAGAAUAGCUGCUACAUCAAGAACAAGGAAAUCUACUGCAAGAUGGACUACUUCAGCCGAUUUGGAACCAAGUGCGCCCGAUGUGGCAGACAAAUCUAUGCCAGUGACUGGGUGCGGCGGGCGCGCGGCAACGCCUACCACUUGGCCUGCUUUGCCUGCUUCUCCUGCAAGCGUCAGCUGUCCACCGGGGAGGAAUUCGGCCUGGUUGAGGAGAAGGUGCUUUGCCGCAUCCAUUACGACACCAUGAUCGAGAACCUCAAGAGGGCCGCGGAGAAUGGGAACGGUCUCACGUUGGAGGGGGCAGUGCCCUCGGAACAGGACAGUCAGCCCAAGCCGGCCAAGCGCGCGCGGACGUCUUUCACCGCAGAGCAAUUGCAGGUUAUGCAGGCUCAGUUCGCGCAGGACAACAACCCCGACGCGCAGACGCUGCAGAAGCUGGCGGACAUGACGGGCCUCAGCCGCAGGGUCAUCCAGGUGUGGUUUCAGAACUGCCGAGCGCGUCAUAAAAAACAUACACCGCAGCACCCGGUGCCGCCCUCAGGGGCGCCCCCAUCCCGCCUCCCCUCCGCCCUGUCCGACGACAUCCACUACUCUCCGUUCAGCAGCCCCGAAAGGGCGCGAAUGGUCACCCUGCACGGCUACAUCGAGAGUCAGGUUCAGUGCGGGCAGGUGCACUGCCGACUGCCUUACACCGCGCCCCCUGUCCACCUCAAAGCCGAUAUGGAUGGGCCGCUCUCCAACCGGGGUGAGAAGGUCAUCCUUUUUCAGUAUUAACGCUACCGGCACUUGCGCAUCUGUCCAUGGGCACCGCACAGCUGCCCCUCAGCCGCUGAGAUCAGCAUCCAGCUGUGGCCAGGGAUCCACCUCUGCAUACACUCUCACCCACUGCCAUCCUGCCCUCUGCCAGUGGUCACCCCAGCCCAAGCCCGGUCUUUCCCUCCCCUGCCAAGAACCAGAACCCACCAGGAGCAGCAGAGACCCUCUCUGAGAAGGCAGGUUCCCAGAAAUGUGGCAUCAGCAUGAAAACAAGCAGCCUGCCCUUCCUCAUCAAACAGGAAUCAUCGCUAACAGCUGAUCACAGGAGCAAUGGCAAACUGAGUCGCGAGUCACCAACAGUCUCCUACUUCACAGGUUUUCUUCCCCCCACAUUGGCCUUUAUUUACUACUUUCUUAGAACCAUCUCUGAAUUCUGAAUAGCCAACCACCCCCAACAUUAUAUACUCUGUUGCUUUUGUCUGGAAAACUCUACAGUGUUUGUGGGAUGUCCCCAAAGAAAAGCUAUGUUCUAAUUUUAUCAUUUCCAUCUGUCUGGUUAUGUCAAGUUAACUCAGAAAAAGAAGAGAUCCUGACCAACCCUGAGAGGCCCAGUAGGGCGGAGAUGGAGGCCUGCCCAGAUGAAGAGACAGAGGGGCAGGCAGUGGUGGAUGCCAGAGAACACCCCCCAUUGGCAUGGAGGAGUGGGACUGGGUACACUGGACUUGGUGGGGUGAUAACCGUUUCAGCUACCCAGCAGGAGUCAAGGCAAGGAUAUGUACCAUCUGCAUAGUGACACUGCUGAAUGUUUGGGUGGGCUGGCAUCAGGGACCCUUGUAGACCACUUCUCAGUCCUGAGAGGAGGGCCUGAGCCAGUCUUCUCUGGGGGUGGGGUGGGGUGGGAACAGAACCCAGUGAAAUGGUGGUCCAAAUCUUAGUUCUGAUUCAUGCUGGAGUGAAGAGAGGUGCCCAUGGCCUCAGUGAGUAGCCAAGCCCAGGAUUUCAGCAGGCACCUCUGCAAUUUCUCCAGCAACUCUGAGCAGAGCCAGCUCCACCCAUGCUCCACCCAUUCCUGAGAGCAGAGGCCAAUUCCAACUAAAGGUCUCAGGGUACACAGGGCCCCUUCUGUUUUCAGGGGGUGCCCAUUUGUCCCACACUUAUCCUGUGAUUACAGAAGCACUUGGUGGGCUGAUGCACUUCUCACAUGACGCUGCUAGCGGCAUGUUUUCUCCAGAGUCCUCCUCUUUGCUUUGAGAAGGAGACUCCAGGACAGGGAAGGCAAGUUUCUAGAAUGAAUGCAGUUGCUGUCCUUACUUCACCCGUGACAGACAUCACUAAUCUAUCACAGCACUCUAUCUCACGGAGUCUGGAUAAGGUUUCAGAAUCCCCAUGCUUGAAAUUAGCACUUGAUGAGAAGCAUUGUGCUAUUUGCUGUGGGACCUGGAGGAGGGUUAGGCAUGGGUGCCGCCCCGGAAGGGAACUUUCAUCAUUUCCCUUCCAAAAUUGUCAGCUGACUGAGGACAAAGAGAAAGCACCUCCCAGAAUGCUGUGAGCGUGGUUCAGUUCAGAACUCCGGCAGUAGCCUGAGCCAGGCACUGACUUAGGCAGGAGGAACCUGGCCUGAUCUGGCUUUGGGGAACCCAGAUCUUUCCUCUGAUUUUGCUCCUUAAUGAUCAAAACCCCAAUUGCAACCAUGUGGGAAGUGGCCAGCUGAACCCAGGUCACUCGUCCCCACUCUGCCUUGAGCCUUCCCCCGGGGUCUAAUUUUUGUGUGGGUCACGUGGCAGUAGCAUGUUGCAGUUCAGAUGUCUUCACUACCCUGUUCAGAACAGCCUGGGAAUGUACAGGCCGACAAGGCUAUUUAUUUAAAUACACACAGAAAAGGGGGGAACACACAAACGGAAAAAAUAGUAAGCACUUUUUUUGUAAACCAAUGUCUGUUUUGUUACAUACCUUUCAUGUCGUGCUUUGUAAAUGUCUUAUUUGUGUAAUAAAUAAAGUUAAUGCGAGUAGAAGUGCUGGCACUUAAA